UUUUAAAAUUCUCUGUAAAGUUUAUUGCAUAAAUCAUUAUUUUAUUUUUACCCCUUGGAAUUUAGACAGUUUCAACUGUUAACUUUUUAAUUACUCCUUGUUGACGAACGAGAAAUUGAAAAAGGGUUGCCGAAUUGUUAAAAACAAUUUUAAACGAUUGGGAGGAAAACAUUUCCAUAAACCUCUCUUACCAUCGUUAAUCCUACGCCACCACUGCAAAACCCUAGUCCCACCGUCUUGUCGUAGCUUCAGGAAGCCAUGGAUGAGGUGUGCGAGGGCAAAGACUUCUCCUUUCCCUCCCAAGAAAACUCAAUCCUGCAAUUUUGGGAUGAUAUUCAAGCCUUCAAGACGCAAUUAGAGCGGACUAAGGGUCUACCGGAGUACAUUUUCUAUGACGGGCCGCCCUUCGCUACCGGCUUACCCCACUACGGUCACAUCUUGGCCGGAACGAUUAAAGACAUUGUUACGCGGUACCAGUCAAUGACGGGUCAUCACGUGACCCGGAGAUUCGGGUGGGAUUGCCAUGGAUUACCCGUGGAGCAUGAGAUUGAUUUGAAAUUGGGCAUUAAGACUAGGGAAGAUGUGCUGAAGAUGGGUAUUGAUAAGUACAACGAGGAGUGUAGAGCGAUUGUUUCGAGGUAUGUGGAAGAGUGGGAAAGGACUGUGGUGAGAGUGGGAAGGUGGAUUGAUUUUAGGAAUGAUUAUAAGACUAUGGAUUUGAAGUUCAUGGAGAGUGUUUGGUGGGUUUUUGGUCAGUUGUAUGAGAAGAAGCUUGUUUACAGAGGCUUCAAGGUUAUGCCGUACAGUACUGGUUGCAAAACUCCUCUAUCAAACUUUGAAGCUAAUUCAAAUUAUAAGGAUGUUCCCGAUCCUGAAAUUAUGGUAUCUUUUCCUUUAUCGGGUGAUAAAGAGGGUGCUUCCCUGGUGGCUUGGACAACAACACCGUGGACACUACCUAGUAAUUUGGCUCUUUGUGUCAACAAGAACUUUAUCUACGUCAAGGUCCGCAACAAAUACAAUGGAAAGGUUUAUGUAGUUGCAGAAUCACGGUUGUCGGAGCUCCCUGUUGAGAAAGCUAAAAAGGGAACGGCAAAUGGAGCGGUGAAUGAUUCUGUGGAUCCAAAUAGUAAGACCAAGUCCUCAGGUGGAAAAGCGAAAGAUAUAGCUACUUAUGAGGUGAUUGAAAAAUUCUCCGGAGAAUCUCUUGUGGGAAAAAAAUAUGAGCCAUUGUUUGAUUAUUUUAGGGACUUCUCGGAGGUGGCUUUUAAAGUUGUUGCAGAUGAUUAUGUUACGGCAGAUAGUGGUACCGGAAUUGUUCAUUGUGCUCCUGCUUUCGGUGAAGAUGAUUAUCGUGUUUGCCAGGAGAAUCACAUAAUUAAUAAGGGAGAGAACUUGGUCGUAGCAGUGGAUGAUGAUGGCUGUUUCACUGAGAGGAUCACUGAUUUUUCCGGCCGCUAUGUCAAAGAUGCAGAUAAGGACAUAAUUCAGGCAGUGAAGGAUAAAGGCAGACUUGUCAAAGUCGGAAGCUUUACCCAUUCCUACCCUUUUUGUUGGAGAUCCGAUACCCCUCUCAUCUACAGAGCAGUUCCCAGUUGGUUCGUUGCAGUGGAGAAGAUAAAGGAUCAGCUGUUGGAGAACAACAAAGAGACCUAUUGGGUUCCAGAAUUUGUGAAGGAAAAGCGCUUCCACAAUUGGCUUGAAAAUGCAAGAGAUUGGGCUGUCAGUAGAAGUAGAUUUUGGGGCACUCCACUCCCUAUUUGGAUCAGUGAAGAUGGUGAAGAUAUUGUGGUUAUGGAUUCGAUUGAAAAACUGGAGAAGCUUUCUGGUGUUAAGGUGACAGAUUUACAUCGUCACAAGAUUGAUCACAUCACUAUUCCAUCUCCUCGCGGUCCAGAAUUUGGUGUUCUUCGUCGUGUGGAGGAUGUAUUUGAUUGCUGGUUUGAAAGUGGAUCGAUGCCUUAUGCUUACAUUCACUAUCCCUUUGAGAAUGUUGAACUAUUUGAAAAUAAUUUCCCUGGCCAUUUUGUAGCCGAAGGGCUGGACCAGACUCGUGGAUGGUUUUAUACUCUCAUGGUCUUGUCAACUGCUUUAUUUGGCAAACCUGCUUUUAAAAAUCUGAUUUGCAAUGGACUUGUUCUGGCUGAAGAUGGCAAAAAAAUGAGUAAAAGAUUAAAGAACUAUCCUCCUCCUGAUGAAGUUAUUAAUGACUAUGGUGCUGAUGCAUUACGAUUGUACAUCAUAAACUCUCCUGUUGUUCGAGCUGAGCCAUUGCGUUUUAAGAAAGAGGGAGUUUACGGUGUGGUGAAAGAUGUCUUUCUUCCAUGGUAUAAUGCCUAUAGAUUCCUGGUGCAAAAUGCGAAAAGACUGGAGGUUGAGGGUCUUGCUCCAUUUGCCCCUAUUGAUCAAGGCACUCUACAGAAAUCUCCAAAUGUACUUGAUCAGUGGAUCUAUGCCGCAACUCACCGCCUUGUGCAGUUUGUUCGGAAGGAAAUGGAUGCUUACAGACUCUACACAGUUGUCCCUGAACUCCUCAAAUUUCUAGAUAACCUGACCAACAUUUACGUUCGGUUCAACCGAAAGAGACUGAAAGGUCGUACAGAUGAAAAAGAUUGUAGAAUUGCGCUGUCAACCCUUUACCAUGUGCUUGUAACAGCAUGUAAAGCAAUGGCUCCGUUUACGCCCUUCUUCACGGAGGUUCUUUAUCAGAAUUUGCGUAAAGUCUGCGUUGGAUCAGAAGAAAGCAUUCACUACUGCACUUUCCCUGGAGUAGAAGAGAAAGGAGGUGAAUGCAGAACAGACACUUCUGCUGAAGUUAAUGGGAAGGGAGGUGAACGCAUUGAGAAAAGUGUGAGCCGGAUGAUGACUAUAAUUGAUCUUGCUCGUAAUAUCCGUGAACGUCACAAUAAACCGCUUAAGACUCCACUUAGGGAGAUGGUGAUUGUGCAUCCUGAUACUGAAUUUCUGGAUGACAUUGCUGGGAAACUUAAAGAGUAUGUCCUCGAGGAACUCAACGUCAAAUCAUUGGUUCCUUGCAAUGAUACGUUGAAGUAUGCCUCGCUCCGUGCAGAACCUGAUUUCAGUGUAUUGGGAAGAAGACUGGGCAAGUCAAUGGGAGAUGUUAAGAAAAAGGUCAAUGCAAUGACAACUGAAGAUAUUUUAGCCUUUGAGAGAUCUGGAGAGAUUGUCAUCUCUUCGCAUUCUCUCAAGCUCAGUGAGAUUAAGAUUACUCGAGGCUUUAAGCGUCCUGAUAAUGUGAACGAGAAGGAUAUGGAUGCAGCAGGAGAUGGUGAUGUUUUGGUGAUAUUGGACUUGCGUCAGGAUGAAUCAUUGUUUGAAGCUGGGUUUGCUCGCGAGGUUGUUAAUCGGAUCCAGAAGUUGCGGAAGAAAGCUGGGCUUGAACUUACUGAUACUGUUGAGGUAUUUUUUGAGUCAUUGGAUGCGGAUAAGUCGAAUUCUCAACGGAUUCUUGCCUCUCAGGAAAGAAGCAUUAGGGAUGCUCUUGGUUCUCCUUUGCUACCUUACACAUUGAUUCCACCACAUGCUGUCAUUCUUGCUGAGGAGAGGUUUCAUGGGAUUUCCAACUGCUCGUUUGCUAUUAGAUUGGCGAGACCAUCUGUGAUGUUUGUUCCAGAAUCUCUUGUUGCACUUUACAAAGGAAAUGCAAAUUUUGCGAAAGAUUUACAGGUUUAUUUGCUGAUGAGAGAUCACGCCAAUUUGAAGUCCGAAUUUCAGCUUGGGAAGGAAAAAAUUACUGUUAGUUGCAUAGAGAAUCAGCCUCCUGUUGAUGUUGUGUUGAAAGAGCAUGUCUACUUGACUGUUGGCGACUAUUUUCAGAAGACAAAAUAAUCGUGAUACUACAUGUUUGGGGUUUGUGUUUUGAUAUUAUUUUUGAGCCUUGAUCAUCUUGCUCUUUCCAUGUUGUAAUCCAUUAGAAUUUUUGGGAUUUCAGUCCUUUAGUAAGUAGGUUACAGGUGCUGUAGGAGUAAAACUGGUGGGUGCUAGAAUGGUAGCUGCUACCAGUAGCAAUUUUUUAUUUGUAUAAUACUGAUAUAUAAAAAGUAAAAAAGAAGUCAUUUUUUGUAUUUACCACUUCAGCUCUGAAUGGAAAUGAUUCACUGUUUUUGUUUUGUUGUUCCGUAGAUAAUCAUAUUUUCUAUUGAAUAUUGAUGGAAAACCAGCAUUGUUGGAGAUUGCGAGUCGUGAUAGUAGUAUUUUUAAGUGUCAGUGGGAAAGUAAACACAUAACAGAAAUCACUUAUAUGGUUGAUUCCUCUCUUGGCUCUAACUCUGGUGCAACUUCCUACAGUAGUUUCGCAGCAUGGUUGGAAAGUUUAAUUAUGUCCGCUCCCGAUGAAAUCAUACAGCAUGCUUUUUAACCUGCUCCCUUGAAGCAUCAAUGUGCUUGCAGUGAAGGAAUGGCAAAUUUUGGAGCAGCCCUAGACACUUCCAGUGGAGUUCAGCAGCAGCAACAACUGGAAAUCACGCCCCGGAAGUCCAAUGCAUUAUCAGAACAGAUGGUGCGUUCAAGGAAUUUCAAAAUCAAGGCGCGGAAGCUAGGGAGCUCAUCAACAGUGAUGGUAGCUUUGAUUGCAUCGGGCACUGAGGAGUUAUCAUGCUCUAAAUGCACCACAGUCCGAGGCAUUGGCUUAUUUGAUAGGUAUACGCCGGGAACGCGUAGGAGACGACUUAAUAAAUGUCUACUUCAUACGGACUACACUAGCUUGGUAGAGUAAUAUAACGAGUUACUUCCAACAAAAAAAAUUAUCGCUGAUCAAAUUUAGUGUAUGUUGUUGAUUUGACUCAAGUAAAUUGAUUGCGUUUACCCUAAAGUCUCGUGCUUUCCAUCCAUUUACUUAAAUUCAUCUCUUAAAUUGAUUGCGUUUCUUCCGG